AAGCAGAUAGUUAAAAUUAAAAAUGUUCUAAUAAAGAUCAUUGUGAUAAAAUGCUUCGGCGAGGUCUACAGGCGAUUUCGAAAUCACUACGAUUGGAACCGGAUAAAAUAUACAAAGGAAGAGACUUUAUAGGGAAUAUUUAUUACGAGACACCGCCACAAAAAUAUUAUUUUGGACUCAAAGAAGUAUUUAAAACACGACGAUCAGUCGAUACUCCGGUGAAAGACCCACAUCAACGAGAUAUAAUUGAAUCGGGCCGAGAUAUUCCUACAGAAUGGUUAUCUUGGCUUCAAGGGAGAAGGAAACUUCCUCCGACAGAGCUGGAAGUUGAAAACAAUUUACUUAGAAUGCGAAAAAUGAAAGAAAGAGUGAAAUUUUUAGAUGAACAGCAAAAAAAAGAAAGGGAUAUACCAAAAACUGAAGUUCCUAAACCUAAGAAAAAGGACCCAGAUCAAGCUGAAGUAGAAGCCUGGGAUCCCAAAUGAUAUUAAUUCACCUUAACUUCUUAGUGGGAGCAGAGCACAUGAAUAUGCUUGAACAAAUUCCUCAGAAAAUAAAAUGGAAGUAAAUAUCCCUUGUUGCCUCA